AUGGCGGAAGCGACAGAUAUUAAUACACAGAGCAAUGUCACAAACAAUGCUUCGCUUGAGCAUUUGAGCGGUAAUAUCAGCGACGAAGAAGCAUUACUGUUUAGCUUAAGCUUAACUGACAAUAAUGCUGAAGAGAUUGAAAGAGAAAUGGACCUCGCAAUAGCCGAUGUAAGCUGUUAAUUUGUAUUGAAUGAGUGUUGGUAUGGCCGUGUAUGAAGACAUAUAUUCAUACUAUAUACACAAUUUUUUGUAGAUUCAAGAAUGUACAACAGGCUUUUUAUGUGUUGACUGCAAUGAAAUUUGUAAGUCCAAGGGAGGAUUAACGCUGCAUCGAAGGAAAAAGCACGUUGACGGCGUAUUUUAUAGUGCUAGCUCGACUGAACCAGGCGAACCAAAACCGGCUAAACGUGAUUGGAACAAACUAGCAAAAGAAAAUUUGUCUUGCAAAAGUCUUUGCGAUCUUGUUGAAGAAACAAAAGCUGAAUUAACGCAAAAUAAUCUGUACCCCGAAGAAUUUGUCAAAGAAAUAAAAGAUUCUCCGCAAUUUACAUGUUCCGAGAAGGAUGAUUUGUACAAAGAAAUUAUCAAACUGUUUAAAGAUUAUGCUAAAGAAAGGCAACCCAGAAAAGUACUAUAA